GGGGGCAUAGGGAAGAAGGGAGGAAUGAAAGUGCAGAUGAAAAGAAAAGGAAGUGCUAUGUGUGAUGUUAUGUUCUGUCAUGUCUGUUUAUGUGACACUGUGAUCUGAAUUUUCAAGCAAACAGAAAAGUCAAGGGCGGUGGGAGUGGCGAUCCUUCCUUUCCUGCACGGGCUGCCACCCAGUCAAGUCAAACUCAUAUAAAUCCAUUCAUAUUAACAAACGACACGUUCCUUCAUUUGAAACUUCAUUUCAAAGCCGCGUCGUUUCACCCAUACCGUACCAGAAUGCUUCUUCGUUUCCUUUUCGUUUUGUUCUUCCUGGGUUGGGGCUUCGUGGACUCGCACGAGGAAUCGGGUCACUGGAGCUGCGAGUCCGAGUCGGAGAUCCGAGUCGAAGCCGAGUUCAGACCCGGAGUGAUUACACUGGAUGGCCACGCCGACGAUUGGAAGGAUAUUGAUGGCUCUUACUUCCCUCUCCUCCCCGCUCUCGAUCCCGACGCCGAAAAUCAAUUCAAAGGUGGAAAGAUGAGUGUUAAGAGUGUGCAUGAUGGCCACGAUAUUUUCUUUCUCUUGCAAGUUGAUAAGGAUUAUGCCUACUCUAAAGGCGAAAGCAACAAAUGUCCCUCUGUCGCUCUCAUGUUUCAAAUUGGGGAUAGUGCUUCUUAUCAUAACAUGGGUGGCUGUGAGGAACAUUCAACUUCGUGCACAAACAAGACCUGCAAAGGUCAUGAAGUUGACAUUAUGCACUUUUCAAUUGGAAGUGCUAUUCCCGGACGGCUUUAUGGUGGCAAUCCCCUAGAUAAUAGGGAUGGAAAUGGCAACGACAGGUUUGGUCACUUGGUUGAUCUAUAUGCCUGGAAUCCACAUUGUAGAUACUUGGAUGGAACUGGUCCUUCAGGUUCUGCUAAUGAUUCUAGUGCGCAGAAUGACUGGAAGGGUGCUUGGUGGCAUAGCAGCUUCACAGUUCACUCAGGUUUUGUAGAGGACGAGAGUCCAUAUGCAGAAAAUGGAAAAAAGGGCACAUACUUUUUUGAAUUCUCUAGGCCUUUGAGGACUAUGGAUCAUCUUCAACAGGAUGUACAAUUUACCAUUGGUGGAUCCAGUAAGAUGUCUGUUGCAUUCUGGUAUCCAGUAAAUGGUCAGCCAUGGCAUCGUUCUGGACACUACUCUGUUAACUGUGAUUGGGUUUCCAUUGACAUAUCUCGGGGCAGUUCUUUGAGUGGCAAGUCAGCAGACGCAGCAUCAAGUAGCUCAUGGAAUGUUGCAAGUGCCUUUUCUGUUAUACUAUCAGUAGCAGCACUUUGUGUGUCUGUUUUUGUGAGCUAUCGGGUGUUCAAUCCCAAGGGUGUUUCCUUUAGACCAGUGGAGAACCUUUAAAAUAGUGUACCAAUAGCUUAAGUUUGGGAUUGUACUAUUCAUUACGCUUGUACUAGAUAGGUUUGUACUGUUUAGUGCUUUCUCGUUGCCCUAUUUUUUAAUUGUAAUUGAAGCAUUACUUUAGUUAUUUUAAGCAGUGUCAGAAAAGUGUUUAUUCAUUAUCAGCACUAUGGAGAUGAAGUUUCAUCCUCUCAUGCUUUAUGCUUAGUUGUUACGUACAGUUGCAGUACCGUUUGCUUUUCAGCAUCCAUUCAGUUAAAAAUGGAAUGAUGAAUUUUUCUC